AUUUCUUAACUUUGACUAGGAUGGCUCGGCUGACCGGGAUCAAAAUAAUUUCAAUCUUGUGCCUGUUCCUGGCCACUGGCCAAGUCCAGGGACAUAUCGAGUUCCAGAGUUGCGGUGGAUUGAACAGUUACUUCUGCGUGCCGCGCAGUAUGUGCUCAAUUCAAUUGGGCUUUCGAUCUCUAGUGAGCGGCAACUUAGGAUGCCACUCCACAGCGGUCUGCUGUCCCCAGAAGUCAAUACUUACCCGAGUAGACAUCGCCGUCCCAGAGCCAGUUAACCUCAGUUGCGGGCGUAUUAACGCGAAAGGAGCGACGUUUCCAAUAAGUGACUUAGAGUACAUGGCCCAGGAGAACGAGUUUCCGUGGAUGGUGGCCUUGCUCGAUGCAACAUACAAAAACUACGUGGCCGGCGGCGCCCUGAUCGCUUUUCAUGUAGUGAUCUCGGUCAGGGGGAAAAUCGAUAACAAGAAUCCCGAGCAGCUUCUUGUGCGAGCUGGCGAAUGGGACUUUAAGGUCCAAACCGAGCAAUAUCCUCAUGUGGAUGUUGAGGUCAAGCAGAUCGUGCGUCAUCCUGAUUUUGAUUUUAAUAACGGAGCCAAUAAUGUGGCCCUUCUCUUUCUCAAACGAUCGCUUAAAGCUGACAUCCAUAUUAAUCCCAUAUGCCUGCCGGAACGACCAAAGAACUUUGAUUACAGCCGCUGCAUCUUUACUGGCUGGGGCAAGAAGUCCUUCGAAGACUACACCCACAUGAACAUCUUGAAGAAGAUUGAGCUACCGGUGGUUCAGAGCAGUACAUGUCAGAACGCUAUAAACCAAUAUCUACCAUACAAGUUCGUUCUCCACAACAGCCUAAUGUGCGCCGGCGGUGAGAAUGACAAGGAUUCCUGCACGGACGAUGGUGGCUCUCCGCUGGCCUGUCCAAUACAGGGUCAACCUGGGCGGUAUGAACUGGCGGGCCUUGUCAACUUCGGCUUACACUGUGGAUUACCGGGAGUCCCGGGCGUUUAUGUUAAUGUGGCCAACCUUCGCCAAUGGAUUGAGAAAGAGACCGCAGAGGGUCCCUCCCCUGAUGAUAUUCAAGAAAUCCCUUUAAAACCAUUUAAUACACAUGGGUGGAAUCUUAAUGAGGCCAAUAAAAGUCUUGCUUAUGGCAAUGGAAAUGGCCAAAAUGAAAUUAUUGGACAGCAUUACCCAGUGAACAAUUCACCUUCCCAACCAGACAAUGCAGAUGAGUGGGUUGUUCAAGAGCCCAAUCAAAAUGAUGCUUUUGGCGAUGGAAAUGCUCAAAAUAACUUUGUGAAUUGGUACCCUCAACAGAAUGGCGCGUCUGCUCAAGAAAAUAAUCAACGCGACCAAUAUUCCGGCAAUAGCGAAAACUGGGAUACAUCUACAAUGGGCUACGAAUAUAAUUGAUUCUACGGUUUUUUACAUUCUUAUGGUAUACUUAUUCAGGGAAAAUUAAAUUGUUUAGAUUAAAGAUAAAUGAAGAAUAAAAGUUAAUUUCUUGAAGUAUCAA